CAACAAAUUCAAAGUAAACAGCUCUCUCACCUUUUGCAAAGUCUCGUUGAUGUUUCUGUACUCCGCGCCUCUGGCCUUCAGGUAACGCAGCUGGCAGAUUUCGCACACCCCGCAGGACCUUAGGUAUUCCACCAAAUCCUGGUUUUUCAUGGCUUGUCGGAAAAUUCAAUUUAUAAACAAAACGUGGAAGCGGUUCGCGCGCUAGACAACACUAUCAGCUGUCGAGUCUCGAAAAACGCUACCCGAUAUCGGAAAUCGAUAACAGUUUUGUUUUUGUGCUGAAAUUAAGGCGAUAUAAGACAAUUCCUUGGGUAUUGCCAACAAUUUAAGGUGUGUGAUCAGGAUAAACCCCACGAAGCAUUGAAGGGAAUACAGAAAGAAGUUGUUGAUAGCCAGAGAACGCUGCUUGGCUGCAAGGCUCAAACACUUUGUUUAUUACAAAAUGUCGCUUACUCCCUUUCUACGCCUGCCCCUAACCGAUCUGACCGGGUGCCUCAUUAACCACCAGACUUACGACAAAUGCGGAAAAUUCGAGAUGAAGAUGAUGGAGUGCUUCGAGGCCUAUGGCUUGGAGCGUGGAAAGCGGGAGUGCGCCGACCUGAUCUCCGACUUCCAGGAGUGCGUCGGCAUGCAGAAGCAACUGAUGCGCUUCCAUGCCAUGCGAAACGAGCGCUAUAAGCAGUGGCUCAAGGGAGAGCGUAAGGGACAGGAAUUCUUUGCGGAUCCUCCACGCGUAGAUGCCUAUUAGACGGAGACCCUGUUUUCUUGGUUAGUUCCACAUUGUAAAUCCGCAAAUUGUGUAAAAAUAAAAAGAGAAACAUAAUUCUGGUAAAAA